GCGGCCCGCACUUCCGAGCGAGGUCCCAGGCUGUUCGCAGACAGCCCGCAGGAAAAACCGCGGAACUGGACCGGGCGAGGCUAUCCGGGGCGGAGCCUACAGCUAGGGGUGGACGGGGCUAAAGUCAUGGGCGGGACUACCUAUCCGAAUGCGGCGCCCCGCGGAGUGGGCAGGAGGCGGAGCCAGAAGACCAGCGCGCUCAGUUCUAGUAGGUAGCAUAGCGGACAUGGCGGGCUCCCGGGUGCCGCGGCAGCUUUUCCUCCAGGGUGUGGCUGCCGUCUUCAUGUUCGCCUUUGCUUCCCUCUACACACAGAUCCCAGGUCUCUAUGGCCCAGAAGGCAUUCUACCUGCAAGGAAGACAUUGCGGCCCCAAGGCAAGGGGCGCUGGCAGCAAUUGUGGGAGACACCAACGUUGCUGUGGGAGGCACCAAGACUGGGGUUGGACACUGCCCAGGGUCUGGAGCUACUGACCCUUCUGGGUACCGUGCUAGCCCUGGGGACUCUCCUCCUGAAUUCUCUGCGUCACUCUCUCAUCUAUUUUCUGCUCUGGGCUGCCUAUCUAUCUGCCUACCAGGUGGGCCAGGUAUUCCUUUAUUUCCAGUGGGAUUCCCUGCUGCUGGAGACAGGUUUCCUGGCCGUGCUGGUAGCCCCACUGAGGCAGCCUCCCAACCGCAAGCAGGCCUCCCAGGGUGGGCUGGCAGAGGCCUCACCCCAUGAAGGCCUUCCUUUCUGGCUUGUGCGCUGGUUGCUGUUUCGCCUCAUGUUCGCCUCUGGUGUGGUCAAGCUGACCAGCCGCUGCCCCACAUGGUGGGGGCUCACUGCCCUCACCUAUCACUACGAGACACAGUGCCUGCCCACACCAGCUGCCUGGUUUGCCCACCACCUACCAGUCUGGCUGCACAGGCUCAGCGUGGUGGCCACCUUCCUCAUUGAGAUCGCAGUUCCCCCUCUGUUUUUUGUCCCUGUUCGCCACCUGCGAUUGGCUGCCUUCUAUGCUCAGGCACUAUUGCAAGUCCUGAUUAUUGUCACUGGCAACUAUAACUUCUUCAACCUGUUAACACUGGUGCUCACCACUUCCCUCCUGGAUGAUGAUCACUUGUCUGCUGAGCCUGGCCUCAACCAUCACAAGAAAAUAACCACCUCCUGGCCCAAGGCCUUGCUUACCAUACUGUCCCUGCUACUGAAACUGGCCACCUGUGGACUGCUAGCAUAUGGCACUGUGUACUACUUUGACCUGGAGGUUGACUGGCAGCAGUACACCAUCCGCUCCAGAACCACCUUCACCUUCCACCAAUUCUCCCAGUGGCUAAAGAUGGUGACACUGCCCACUGUGUGGCUGGGGGUGGCCUCGUUGGCCUGGGAGCUUCUGAAAGCCCUCUGGAGGUGGACCCAGUUGCGAGGGUGGCUGCGGAAGUUCUAUGCUGCAGUUCAGCUCUCUAUCUCAGGCACUGCCGUAGUGACCUUGUUCUUGAUCAGCCUGGUUCCGUACUCUUAUGUGGAGCCUGGGACCCAUGGGCGUCUCUGGACCCCAGCUCAUCGCCUGUUUGGUGCUGUAGAGCACUUGCAGCUCGCCAACUCAUAUGGCCUCUUCCGCCGAAUGACUGGUGUUGGUGGGCGGCCUGAAGUGGUGCUGGAGGGCAGCUAUGAUGGACACCACUGGACAGAAAUUGAGUUUAUGUACAAGCCUGGUAAUGUGAGCCGACCACCUCCUGUCCUGGUGCCCCACCAGCCACGCCUUGAUUGGCAGAUGUGGUUUGCAGCCCUUGGCCCACACACACAUAGCCCCUGGUUCACCAACCUGGUACUCUGCCUACUGCAGGGCAAGGAGCCAGUGAUCCACCUGAUCCAGAACAAUGUCACCAUGUACCCCUUUCACAAGCAGCCGCCCACCUAUAUCCGAGCCCAGCGCUAUAAGUACUGGUUCUCACCGCCUGGGAAGCAGGGCCAGUGGUGGCGCCGUCAGUGGGUGGAGGAAUUCUUUCCACCUGUGUCCCUGGGGGACCCAACACUGGAGAUGCUGCUCAGGCAGUUUGGGCUUCAGGACAAGAGCCCACCCAGGGCCCGCAGCCCCAACAAUUCCCUGUCUCAGGCCCUCAACUGGAUACGGAUGCAACUGUCUCCCCUGGAACCUCCCACCCUGCUCUGGGGACUCCUGGGAGCCGUGGCAGCUGUCAGAGUUAUGCAGGCAAUGUUGGCCCCCUGGUCACUCCAAUCUUCACCCCUGGCCAGAAGAGAAAAACAUAAGCCAGCCCCCAAGAAGGACUCUGGAGCUGCCUCUGACCAGGCUGCCCCAGGCCCCAACAGCAGUACCAGCAGCUCCCGGAUCACCAGGCGGAAAAAAUAGCUGUAUCUGCUGUCAGCCACAUGUCUCACAUCUUUACAGGGUCAGGUCCCUAGAACUCCAACCUACACCUAGAUAUAGUCCAUCCACUGUGCCUUAGUCAAUCCUGCCAGGACAGAUGCAGGUUGGGAUACUUCUCACUGAGGAAUACUACCAAUCACAUCCUUCUUCUCUAGUCACACCUACACACACCCAGAGCCUUGGCAACCAGCCCAGAAGUAGUCAUGUGGCCCAGCUCAGGACCUUUCUGGAACAUUGUAACCAGGAUAUGGGAAGCUUCCUUCACCCCUGGCUAUAAGGGUCUGAGUCUAGAGCCCCAUCCCCAAUCUGGAGAUGAGGUAGAUUUGCUGAAAAGACGACCAGGGGAGGUGGGCACCUGUAAUGGUGGCUGUACACAUGCUGACCUGUAUUUCAGACUGCACCAAUAAAGGCAUCCUUUGCAUGUCCCUA